AUGUUUAGAGAAAUAUCAGAUAGUGGUAUUGCUCCAAAUGUUCAUACGUAUAGUGUGUUCCCAGAUGCAUGUACCAAGGAAGGGAAAAUGAAAGAGGCAGAGGGGGUACUUGCAAUCAUGAUACAAAGAGGUGUGGAUCCUAAUGUAGUCACAUACAAUACUCUAAUGGAUGCACAUUGUUUGCAAGGCCAAAUGGAUGAAGCAAUCAGAGUGUUCAAUACCAUAGUGGAUAAGGGCCUUCACCUGAACAUUGUUAGUCGCGGUAUUUUGAUUAAUGGAUAUUGCAAGAAGAUGAAAAUUGAUGAGGCCAUGCAUCUCUUUCGAGAAUUGCCUCAAAGGGGGUUAAAACCUAGCACUGAAACCUUCAGUGCUAUGUUACGGGGUUUGUUUCAAAUAGGUAGAUGUGGAGUUGCUCAAAAACUUUUUAAGGAUAUGCAAACUGCAGGCAUAAAUCCAGAUUCUCAAACUGAUGGUAUCUUAUUGGAUGGGUUGUGCAAAAAUGGGCAUAUUUCUGAAGCAUUGUCAUUAUUCCACAUGAUGGAAAGCAACGGUUUACAUCUUGAUAUUGUUAAGUAUUCUAUCCUCAUUGAUGCAUUUUGCAAGGAUAAAAAGCUUGAUACUGCUAAGGCUCUUUUCAGUGACCUUUCUUUCAAGGGAUUAGAUCUUAAUGUUAAGACAUACACUAUGAUGAUACAAGGUCUUUGUGAAGAAGGCCUACUACAUGAAGCUAAAGAGUUGUUUAUUAAAAUGGAACGGAAUGGUUGUUUGCCAAAUGAUGCCACUUACAACACUAUUAUUCGAGGAUUUAUUGGACAACACAAGUGCUAUAAGGCACUAAUACUUGUUGAGGAAAUGGUUCAAAGGGGUUUUUGGGUAGAUACAUCCAAUUCUUCCGUGAUUGCUAAUAUAAUCUCAACUAAAGGACAAGAUCUUACUCCCUGA